GGCUCAUCAGUAGCACCAAGCGCCAUACACACUGCGCAGCUUGCUCGCCAUCUCAAAGUUCAUUCUAAAGAACACCAACUUGGAUCCCCAAACAGAUCCAAGUGCAUCCCAGGCGACAGCACCUCUACAACCAAUGAGAACCCUCUGGUGUGUGAAUUGAGUAGUGACAAUGCCAUUGCGCCAUCCAAUCUCAUUGACCACACGAAGCACAGGAUUGCUCUUCCACAUACGCCUCCUCCGUCCCUUCCUCAAGCACCACACAAUCACCCUCGCCCUCUUCACACUACCACUCCUCCAACUACUCAUCAUCCUCAUCCCCAUCCUCAACCUCCUCCUCCACCUCCUACUGCUCUUCUUUCUGCUUCUGCUACCACCACCGACAUUAGCACCGCGCCCACUUUAGGGACACAUUUCCAAUUACCACAUGCUGCUGUGACAUCUCGAUUCGCUCCACCUCAUUCCACAUUCACUUACAAAAAUAGCAUGGCUUCCGUGGCUCCACCUCUCUCCGCUUCCACUCCAGCCAAGUUCUCCGUUUGCCCAUCCCUCGGCAUAGCCCUCUCACACCAUUUUUCAUCCUCCUUACACUUCGCAACCAACUCUCAUUCUCCUCCUUCUAGUCCUUCUCCCAUCCCCCCACCAACAUCUCCACUUUCAUUUCCACCUACACCUCGUCUUUCUCAUUCCCAUGCUCAUGUCCAUGUUAGGACUAAUUCUGCAAUGAUACACAGAAGCCUCCUCUCAUCCACUCCCUAUAUCACACGUGCAACAUCCACACGAAAAUCCACCCCUUCCCUCGCCAUCACCACCACCACCACCAUUAAUAUCAUUGCCCAAACAACCCAGCACAAUCAUCAGCACCACCUCUACCGACUGCGUCAAAAGCACACCCAACACCGGCGGCACCAGUCUCAUCCACUUCGUCAAAUCCAACAACCACAUUAUCCUCCACAAUCAUUUACUCCACUCAAAACUUCAACUCCUCGACGUCCGAUUCCACUUACUACUCCACAACCACAACCACAACUGCAACCGUAA